GGUAUCUGCUGAAGUUAUUAAUUGUUAUGACUGAUUCUGUGUCAUCAGAAGUUUCCUAUCCAUGUGCUCCCGGAUCAUCUAAUUCUAAUCACUACUGUCAACCAGAUUGGCGUAUUCAAGCUUGUAAAUUAUUGGAACAAGAAAUUGAUAAAUUAAAGCAGGAAAACUCAGGCUUAGUUCGUCAUUGUUUUGCUCUAGCAUCAUGUGUAAAAGAUGUUUUAGCUGAAAUUGAAGCUAUUAAAACAUCUUCACCAAUUAAACCGCUUGAUGAAGAAACGCUGCUAGAACGUUUAUUACAUUAUCAGUCUAUUAUUUCAAAGAAGAAGAAGACGCAAGUUGGUACUACUCCUACUGCUACUACUUCUAAUGCUACUACUUUUUCAACUGUAAUAAAAGGUGAAAAUACAAAUAAAAGACCAAAAUAUUCUCCAAAGUAUACAGAAAUAAAGAAACACAGAAUAAGUGAACCGAAACAACUACCUGUUCACAAUAAUUUAAAGCGCAAGUCGGAUGAUAGCUUAUCUAACCGAAAUUAUAACAAUAUUAAUUAUAAUCAUAAUAAUAAUGAUAAUAAAAAUAAUCGACCACCUUGUCAUAAACGUUAUUCUAUGGAAUAUACAGAUGUAAAAGAUAUUGAAUCUGAAAAUCCUGAACUAGUACGAGCUGCUUUCAGACUAUUUGCCAAGCAUAUUGGUCCAUCAUUAAAACGUGAACAUCGUGUCAUGUUCAAUGCUCCACCAACUCAAGAUUGGUUAGCUAAUCAAUUAUUAUCAAGAUGGGAAAAAUUGAGUUCAACUGGAAAGUUAAAAUGGUGUAAUCGUUUACAAGCACUCCAAUCAUAAUCACUCCGUUUUUGUAAAUGAAACUAUAUAUUACAUGAAAAACAUAUAUGUAUAUAUAUAUUUGUAUUUAAAGAGCUGAUCUGAUUAAUAAAUUAAAUAUUCCUACUAUUAUUCUCAUAUUUUAAGGAACUGUAUGCUUGUUUGUGAAUUCACUGAUCAUUUCUUGGGAGUUUAGCGUGAACUAAUUUAUUGUAACCGGACCGUAUCAUUCAGUUCACACUCGUGACUUUUAAAGUAAAAUACAUGUCUUAAAUAAUCACCUGUUUAAAUAAUUACAACAUAUUAGAAAGGAAUAAGAAACCCUCUUGAAAACUGUUAUAUUGCAUAGUCUGAAGCCAAUACCUCUGUGUGUCUCACAAUGAAUAAAGGGGAUUGACUGAAAGAACAAAUAUGAUAUUACUUUCUCUGGAACAACACAAGGCAAUAUUUUCUAUAGUUUAGUUUGUAAGGGUUAGUUUUGUUUUUUACGAGUUGAUGACGGAUUGAUAUCAGUUAGAGAAC